UCUACCGGCUCUCAUUCCGGGAGAGGGGGCGGAGCUCCUCCCCCUCCUUCUGCUCUGACUCCUCCCAUCUCCAGUCGAAAAUAGCUGCUGACACCCGGAGAAGCGGAAGAGAUUGUCCGAGGGGGAGACCCCGACAGCUGCGCCCUGGGGGGAGGGCGAGAAGGUCACCGGAUGCAUCAGAGAAACUAGGAGUAAAUAUGGCGGCUCCAGGUUACCCUUCACCCGCUGCUGGAUACCCAAGCCCACCAUAUCCUUCAGCUCCAUAUCCCACCAGCCCUUCUGCUCCACCUCCACCGCCUACUCCUGGUUUCCAUGACUACCCCGGACCCGGCUGCAGCAUCCCCCCUCAGCACCACAUGCACCCCGCUCCUCUUCCACAGCCGGACCCUCCCCCGGGGGGAGCACCAUACAUGCCCGUGAGCAGCGGCAGCGCCCCCAGUGCACUGGAGUACCUCAGCCAGAUAGACCAAAUAUUAAUCCACCAAAAGACAGAACUGCUGGAAGCUAUCACAGGUUUUGAGACAUGCAACCAGUAUGAGUUACGAAAUAUUAUGGGUCAGCGGAUAUUCACUGCGCAGGAGAGGAGUACAGUGUGUGCCCGAUGGUGCUGCGGGUCUCUGCGCCCCCUAAAUCUGCAGGUGUGCGACAACACUGGACGGGAAGUCAUCCACUUCAUCCGCCCCCUUAAAUGUACCAGCUGCUGCUUCCCCUGCUGUUUACAGGAGCUCGAGGUGCAGAGCCCUCCAGGUCACACCAUUGGGUACGUUGUGCAGAGCUGGCAUCCGUUUGUUCCUAAGUAUUGUCUCCUCACGGAGAGCCGGGAGCCGGUCCUGAAGGUGGUCGGUCCGUGUCUUAUGUCCAGUUGCUGUGGAGACGUGAACUUCCAGAUAAAACCACUGUGUGAGUCUCGCAGUGUGGGCAGGAUCAGUAAGCAGUGGACUGGAUUACCAAAGGAAAUAUUUACCGAUGCUGAUAACUUUGGGAUCCAGUUCCCUAAGGAUCUGGAUGUGAAGAUGAAGGCGGUUCUUAUUGGAGCCUGCUUCCUACUGGACUACGCGUUCUUCGAGAGGUCAAGAAGUAAGAAGGAGCGUCACACAGUAAUCAGCUAACAGCAUCGGGUGCUGCCACUAAUGCCUUAAGCCCCUCCUACCGCCAUCUGUAUAUCCUCCAGUUUACACCCAUAUAACCCCCC